AUGGAGCCCAUCAACAAUGAAGCAAUCACCAACCAGGGGAGAGGAAGCCUCGUCCAGUCGCAAACCAGGGGCAGAGGGGGACGCCUUGUCCUGUCCUCAACUGGAGGGAGAGGGAUGUCCAUGCUGCUGGGGAAGAUGCUGACAGAGAGCAAGGUUGCAGUGGCAAAAGCGGCUGGAGCGGCUCGUUACGCGUGGGGCUGUUACGGGGAGGUGAACAUUCAACCAACAGAAACCCAAAACCUGUUCCUGUUCACCUUCAAGAGCAGGGAGAUUAGAGAUAAAAUUUGGGAGGAGAGGCCCUGGAGCUUGUCGAACACUAUGACGGCGAUCGAGAAGUACAGCGGAAGAGGGAAGCCCGAGGAUGUUCCGAUUGAAAAGAUGGCGAUGUGGGUUCAGAUCCAUGGCCUGCAUCAAAAUCAAAGGAGUGAGGAGAACAUGGUGGCAAUCGGAUCAAGUUACUUCCUGGAGCUGUUGGAUAUUGACAGAGCAAGCCUGGAAUUUAUCGGGUACAGGAGAUUCCUUCGCAUUCUUGUGGAAGUCGAUAUCAGGGAACCCGUCCCAGUAGGUUUCGAUUUCCCCUUUCUAGAUGAAUUCACAGGAGUUGAGCACUGCGACGAGAUUGAAUUCAAAUAUGAGAGAUUGGUGGAGCUUUGUUACUUCUGUGGCAAAGUUGGCCAUAACUGGCCAACAUGUAGAGCUAUGAAUGAGGAAAGGAGGCAGAAGGGAGUGGCUUACCUGUCCGAAAUCUACACUGCCUCGCUGAAGGCGGGGAUCGAUUCGCCACGAAGAAGCUCCGCGGCUCAGGUCAGGAACAGGGGAGAAGGAAGAGGAAGCUAUCGGGGGAAUGAAGCAGGGGAAAGCAAUUCUGCGACGGAGAGGGGUAGUACAGCAGGGGGGAUGCAGUUAAUCCCACCGGGUUUCAGGAUUCAACGCGUGGAGGAAGGGCAAAUCAAAACGGAGGAUCUGGGGCUAUUGGGUAGGCAGAGGGGAAGGUACAGGGAAGGGAUGGGAGGAAGGGAUAUCUCCGUCGACCUUGAAAAGGCGGCGGAAGAGCUAGAAUGGGGUCUGAGAUUGGGAGAGGGCGGCGGAGGGUGGGAAGCUGGAAACCAGAGAAGGGGAGUGGGGUUGGGCCAGGGAAGUGGGGAGGGGGAAGUGCAAACAGCACUCUCCCUUGGGCUUGGGCCGGUGAUCCAGGAAACAGGUGGGAAGGCCCACGGUCAGCUGAACAAGGGCGGUCUUGAGAAGGCCCAGGGUAAAGAAAUAAGUGGCGGAUCGGGCCUAUAUCAGCAUGUAGAGGAAGAACUGGAGGAAGAAAUGGGCCGGGCCAGAAAGAAAAGGAAGGGGACUAACAGGCUGGAGUUGGUUGGGCCCAUUAUUUAUGAGGGUGCAGUUUUUAUGGGAGGGCAAGAAGGAAAGAAUAGAAAGAAGAAAGGUAUUAGAGGAAAAAAGGGUGCUCAAAGAGUGACGAGAUCGGAAGAGGUGGCGGAUUGUCAGGAAGAUGACUCAAGGGCAGCGGUGGUUCGCCAGAAGCCACCUCAUCCAGAAUGA